AUGCGUUACCCAAUAUUCCUCUCGCUGCUGCUGCUGCUCCCGUUGCUUGGCCUGGUCCAGGCGCAGGACAUCUCUGAGGAGGAAGUGGCGGAAGCGAGUCCCAUCGAUAAUCUUACGCUGGAUCAGUGCGACAAAAAGCGCAGGGGCUGCUGCUCCGAUUUGUACCUGGGCGAUGAUGAGACGCUCAUGAAGUGCUUCUCCAUACACUCGGAUCGAUUGCCAGCCGAAGGUGAUACGGAUAUGAGCAAGACCCUCAAAUUUCUAUCGUGCUUCGUCGAGUGCCUCUACAAGCAGCGAAAGUAUGUGGGCAAGAGCGAUACGAUCAACAUGAAGAUGGUAAAGCUCGAUGCGGAGAUUCUAUAUGCAGAUCGGCCCAAGGAGCAGGCGUACCACAUCAAAAUGUUUGACUAUUGUCGCAAAGAUGCUAUGAAUCUGUACAAUUUGCUGAAGGCCAGUCCGGGCGCCAAGGCUAUGCUGAAGAAUGCCUGUCGACCCUUCCUCCUGAUGGUGUACCUCUGUCAGUCGGAGUAUCACAAGAAGCACGAAUGCCCGUACUUUCGGUGGGAGGGCAGAGAAAAGUCGAACACCAAAAAGUCGUGUCACGAUGCAAAGAUCAAGUGCUAUGAGCUCGACGGAGUUCCGGCGCCUGUCGAGCACUAGGAUAUGC